AUGCGCCCGAACCGACCAGCUGCCAUGGAAACGGGCUGCACGGAGGAGCCUGCCCGGACCAGGUCGCAGUCGGUGGUCUGCGGGCAGCGGGAGGGAAGCGACCAGCCGCGGGAGGAGAACGGGGACCGGCUCCCCCAGCCGGGCAAAGGCUCCAUCGCGGGCGCGGUUUUUUUUCAGCAGCCUCAGCCACCCCCUGGCAAGCUGAAGAAAACGGCUUUCAAACUGUUCGGAGGGAAGAGGAGCAUCUGUACGCUGCCCAGUUUCUUUGGAGGCAGAAGCAAAGGCCAGGGGAAAGCAGCCUCUAAAAAGGGCCUCAGUAAAUGUAAGACCCACGACGGGCUCAGCAGUGCUGCGUGUGACAAGGGCGGCGGGGCGCAGCCGGAAAGCCCUUCGGAGGGGAGCAGGGACUCGCAGCCUUGCCCUUUGCCGAGCUCCCAAAGCGCUCACCUGGCCGUGGACACCAGCGCCAAGUUUGAUUUUGGCCAGCAGGACAGCUCUCCACCUGGGAGUAUCGAGGGCUGUGAGAAAAAGCCCAAUGGAGAUAAGUCCUCCUGUCCCAGACCCAAGAAAGGCCUGAAAGGGUUUUUUAACAGCAUCCGGCGUCACCGGAAGAGCAAGGCUGCCGAGUGUGAGAAAGCAGAGCUCCCCGAGUGGACCGGGGAUUCGGAGGAGGCCAGCAAAGGUCCUGGCGUGGGAGCAGAGAGCCGAGGGGCCGGGGAGGGAAGCGGACUGGGACCUGUCCCUCUUGCCGCGGCCUGCCCGGGGAGCUCGGAGGAUGACCGCUCGGUAGGCACAGGCGACAGGUUUUUUUUUGAGCCCGGCUGCCUCGCGGCCGAUGAAGGCAGCUCUGAGGGUGAUGUGGUGGCGAUGCCGGGGAAGAGGGACAUUCUGGGUACGAAGUCAGAGGCUGACGCUGUUGUCUGCUCAGAGUUUGACCCUGGCAAUCUGCUGCUGGCCUUUCAUCCGGACUUCAUGGACAACGACCCUCCCUGCCUACACUCUGGGGACCUGCUAAGCCUCAUCUUAGGAGACGUCACAUCCCUGAAGAGCUUUGAUUCCCUGACGGGGUGCGGAGAUGACAUUGCUGAGCCCGACAUCGCCGAGAGCACCAUCUCUGUGGAGCGCAGCAGAGAUACUGCUAAACGGAGCUCCUGCCUGGUCACCUACCAGGGCGGUGGGGAGGAGAUGGCCAUACCCGAGGAGGCGGAGGAGUACCUCCACCAGAUAUGGAACAGCAGCACGGCAGGGGACAGGAGCUACGGAGCCCAGGUCUCGAGUAGCAGUUUGGAGACGCAUGCCUCGCACGAGGUGGAAGCCCACCCCUACAUGGGGGACGCGAUGGACGGCAUUGACCUCUUGACACCACAGAGUGACCAGCAAGAGUCCGCCCCUAAUAGUGACGAGGGCUAUUACGACUCCACCACGCCGGGGCCGGAGGACGAAGCCAGAGAUGGGCUCGGUGAGAUCAAGAAGGACCGUCUUCCCAGAGACAGUUACAGCGGUGAUGCACUUUAUGAGUUUGACGCGCUGAUGAGUCCCUCUCACGGGGAGGAAUCCUUGUUUGAGAGCAAAGUUUCACGCCCGGGGAUCUUCAGCUACUUCUUGGACUUCUGCCUCCCUGCUGAGAAGAGCCUGAUCCAGAUGAUGGAUCAGAAAAGGGGGGUGAUGGAAACGGAGGAGGAGCGGCUAGCGGCCAUUCAGAAAGAGCUGCUGUACUGGGAGCUGCAGAGGGAACCGGGCUUGAAACGACUCGAUGUUCCCAGCAAGGAGAAGUGUCCCCGGGAAACGCAGUGCGUUGAAUGUAAAACUAGAGCAGCCAGCUCGACUGGCAAGAAUCAGAGUGGCCUUGGUAGAGAGCAGGUGGCCUCGCACGCCCCCGACAGGGGUGUGAAUAGUGGGGGUUCGGUGGCUAGAGCUGAAAAUCCAGAGUGGAGGGAUUUUCCAGGGACUCUGCAUCCAGAAAACUGUUACAACAGCCAAAAAACCCAAGGAAGUUGCCUUACUCAGCUCACGAAGAGCAACUUGGGGUUCGAUUCAGACCGGGAUUGUGAGUUGUUUGGGGGCUCCAUCCACAGCGGCGUAGCCACAGCCAAAGCGGGGAUGUUCCCCGGCUACAGACUCCCAGAGCACGAGUGUGGCGGCGGAGCGGAGACCACCACCGGCAAGCCCCAGGCGGGCAGCGAACGCGAGCCCGAGCAUGCUGUGAGCUUCUCGCAAGCGCUGGUGGAGUUUGCCAGCAGCGGGACCCUCUUCUCCAGCCUCUCCGAAAGUCUGGGCAGUUCUGCCUCCGGCUCCUCCUUCACCCAGAACCUCCCUGCCCUCCCCACCAUGGUCACCUUCGACGUCGUGGAUGUGGAGCAGGAAGGAGAAGGGGAGUGCGAGCAGCACCCCGAGAUGAACGCCGGCGAGGACAUUGCCGAGGCCUUUGACGAUGGCUACGGACGGAAAGAGUCGUUGGCCGAAUGUGACGAGAGAAUGUCCCCGGGGUACUCCCCGGGCUCCUUCCAGAGCUGUUUCGCUCUGUCUUCCACGGUGAAAAGUGCCUGGGAGCCAUCGGAGCAGCUGGGCACCGUGUCCCCUUUCCUGUCCCUCUCCCGGAGCGUCGCUGAAGAGACUCUGGACAGGCAGCCCGAAGAGCCGGAGCUGAACAGGCACCCCCUCAGGCCCUCCAAUUUACCUCUGCAGACCGACGCGAGGUGGACCCGGGAGGCGUCCGGUUCCUACAGGUACCGCGGAGAAGUCGCUGCCAAAAAGCUGGCCCGUUUGCUACCCUUGGGAGAAACAGAGCCCGAGCUGCCCCCAAGCUUUAGUUUCGCUUGUUCUCCGGAGAAACGCACCAAGUGCAAACCCAUCGGCAUCGCCCAGGGCAUGCCUCAGCAUCCCAACGGCGGCACAAAAAGCCCGGAGCGCUGCGGAGAGCCCCUGAAAGGCAAAGCCACCCUCGGCCACGCGCUGCCUGCCGGCUGCCGGAGCGCUGCAGUGAACGUCAACGAAGCCGAAUAG